AUGGCUAAGACUAAGAAGGAAGCUCCUACUGCUGCUGUCGCCGCCUCUUCUACUGCGGAGGCCCAGAAAUCUACGGAUUGCAUGAUAAAGCCUUCCAGCGUGAGCCCUCCGAUCAACACCUCGGAGUGGCCCCUUCUGCUGAAGAACUACGACAGGCUUAACGUGCGCACCGGACACUACACUCCUCUGCCCUUCGGCUGCUCCCCACUCAAUCGUCCUCUCGACCAGCAUUUGCUAUACGGCGUAUGCAACCUCGAUAAGCCGGUUAACCCUUCCUCCCAUGAGGUUGUUGCUUGGAUUAAGCGCAUCCUCAAGUGUGAGAAGACUGGCCAUUCUGGCACUCUCGAUCCUAAGGUCUCUGGCUGCCUCCUCGUAUGCCUCAACCGUGCCACCCGUCUCGUGAAAGCCCAACAAGGCGCGGGGAAAGAGUACGUCUGUGUGGUCCGCUUCCACGCUGACCCUGGUGGAGAGGCUGCUAUCACUCGCGCCUUGGAUCAGCUCACUGGUGCCCUUUUCCAGAGGCCCCCAGUCAUUGCUGCUGUGAAGCGUCAGCUCCGUAUCCGUACCAUCUACUGGUCCAAGCUGCUCGACUAUGAUGAGGAGAAGCACAUGGCCGUCUUCCACGUCUCCUGUGAGGCCGGUACCUAUAUCCGAACCCUCUGUGUCCAUAUGGGCCUCCUCCUCGGUGUGGGUGCCCACAUGCAGGAGCUGAGACGUGUGAGGUCUGGAAAUCUCGGGGAGCAAGAUCAGCUCGUCACCAUGCAUGACUUGCUCGAUGCUCAGUAUGUCUAUGAGAGCACUAGAUCCGAGGAGUACCUCAGACGUACUAUCAUGCCCCUUGAGCGCAUCCUCGUCUCCUAUCCCCGUAUCGUCCUCAAGGACUCUGCUGUCAACGCUGUCUGCUAUGGUGCUAAGUUGAUGGUUGUUGGUGUCCUCCGAUUCGAGAAUGGUAUCGAGGUCGGCAAGGACGUAGUGUUGAUGACCACGAAGGGAGAGGCGGUCGCCUUGGGCAUCGCUCAGAUGACCACGGCUGUCAUCGCUAGUGUUGACCAUGGUUGUGUGGCAACUAUCAAGCGUGUCAUUAUGGAGCGCGACACUUAUGAUUCCCGUUGGGGUUAUGGCCCGAGGGCCUCUGAGAAGAAGAAGCUCAUCCUCAACGGCAAGUUGGAUGAGAAGGGAAGACCCAACGAAAACACUCCUGAGUCCUGGUUGAAGCAUGAGGGUAUGAUUCCUAAGCUUACCGGUGCCCCUGCUGAGGACAAGAAGGAGUCUCCCAAGGAGGAGUCUCCUGAGGAAGAGGAGGAGCCGGUGAAGAAAGAAAAGAAGAAGCACCACAAGAAGCGUGCUGUAGAGGAAGUUGAGGAGGCCGAGGAGGCUGAUGAGGAAGCCGUCGAAAAGAAGAAGAAAAAGAAGAAGUCCAAGCAUCAUCAUCACGACGACGAGGAUGAGGCAUAA